AUUCUCUUUAGUUAAGUGACGACCUUCGUACGGUCAAGAUCAGUUGGAAAAGUCUCCCCACUCCCAAGCGGAUCGAGGACGCAUCGAGAAAAGCCCGUUCGUCAAUCCAGCUCCAAGCGUCGACUUGGACUUCUGCAAUAGCAAACCUUUUUUGCUAUUGGCCUUGUCGCCUUCGUUCGGUGUGGGUUGGUGUGUUGCAAGUUGCAAGUGCUCGGCAAACGUCCAACACUGGCUGCUAGACACUUUUCCUUCCGUACUGGUGGUGCAAAGUGUAGUUCGAAUUUGAUCAACGGAUCUAAUCCACUCAAGCAUAAUCACCAAUUCCCGCACGUUUUCGGGCUCGUUCAGUGAAUCCAAAAUUGGCCAAGUGAUUUGACCGUGGAAAACGGGCAGCCUCAGAUCGACUCAGAAUACUGUUAGUGAAAAUUACUCGCCAGCAAAAGCUCGAUUUCCUGCAACGUGUUCCUCGCGUUGUUGGUGUAGGAAACAAAAAUCGAUUCCAUCUGCAUCUGCAAGCAAUUUGCUACUCGCUUCAGCAACAAACACGCACAAACAUAGCAUAAAAGGAGGAAUUCUACUUGCCCAGAACAAGUGGUUGAGUGUGAGCGCACCGCGAAAUCGUGUGUGAAGUUGAGCAGUGAAAAUACGAGUUUUUUUUACGGAAAAAUUCGCCCAACACAAAAAUAGUUUUCCCGAGCUGCCGCAAUUUCCGAACUGUGUGUGCUUGAUACUGUAGUGUGUGCACGUGUGCAAAGUGAAUCGGCUCGGGUACGAGCGAACGUGCAAAGCAAAGGCAGAAAAAAAGUGCCACCACGAAGCUAUCGAAUUGCGAUAGAAUAAAAGAAAAAAUCGUUUUCAGAAAGAACGACAAACUCUCAUCUGUCAACAUGCUGCCAAGAUCGUUGCGUUCCCUGCUGCUGGCGUGCCUGCUGUUAGCUUCCUCCCCGAGCAUAGAUGCCGCGAAGAGGCGAUCCCGGCUCGAUCUACCAAUUUCAAAGCCAGCCGAUGCACCACUUGAGGACAACCUAGCAACCGCAUCCGGUUCAGAGCCGGCGUACGAGCGCGUAGAGGCUCCGGCUGCCAUCACACCGGCUGCAGCAACCAGUGCAGGCGCUUCCGCCGAGACGGAAUCGUCCGCCAACGCUAGCGGAAGCGGAAGCUCUGAGAACAGCAGUCAAAUGAUCGACGAGUACUCAGACGAAGAAUGCGAUCCGGACUUUAUUGCUUUCGAGCUGGUCACCGGGUAUGUCUUCUCGGCACCGAACAAGCUGCUCGAUUCCAUGCCCGGUACGCUGAUGUUGACCGACUGCUUGGAAGCUUGUCAGAACAAUGAUUCAUGCGCAUCCGUCAACUACGAAACCGGCCUGUGUGUGCUGUUCUCGUCAAACUCUGACAAAUUACCAGGUGCCCUUACAAAGUCACAGUUCCCGGUGUUCACGAUCUACGCACAGAAGUCCUGUCUGAAGCUGCGUCCGUGCGAACGUGCCUGGUGCAUCGACAGAGUGCAAGGCUACAAGCUGAACGGACACGUCAAGCGUACCGCCCAGGUCGUUUCGCGUCGCGACUGUAUCGAGAUGUGCCUCGGAGAAAACGAAUUCACCUGCCGUUCGGCCAACUUUUACCAGACCACAAUGACUUGCGAACUGUCCGACAUGGACCGUAUCACACUGGCCGGAUCAUCCGCCUUCCAGACGAAUGAUGGUGCCGACUACCUGGAGAACAACUGCGCCGAGGAACCAACCAAGCUGUGCGAAUUCAAGCGCCUGUCCGGCCGCAUCUUAAAGACGGUCGACUCGGUGUACCAGGACGUGGCCAGCGUGGACGAGUGCCGUGAGCUGUGCCUGAGCUCGCCGUACCGUUGCCACUCGUACGACUACGGAGAUACCGGCGAUAUGGUGUGCCGCCUGUCCCAUCACAGCCGUGCCACGCUGUCCGACAUUCAGGAUCCCUAUCUGGACGUUCCGGAAGCCGCCACCUACGAGCUGUCCUCGUGCUAUAACGUUUCGAUCGAAUGCCGUGCCGGCGACAUGAUUGCCAAGAUCCGUACCUCCAAACUGUUCGACGGCAAGGUGUACGCCAAGGGUGCGCCGAACUCGUGCUCGGUCGAUGUAAAGAACUCGCUCGAGUUCGAACUGCGCAUGGGCUACCAGGACAUCGACUGCAAUGUGCGCCAGAACGGUCUCGGCCGCUACCUGAACGAUGUCGUUAUCCAGCAUCACGAUACGAUCGUUACGUCCUCCGAUCUGGGGUUGGCCGUCACCUGCCAGUACGAUCUGACCAACAAGACCGUCUCGAACGAUGUCGAUCUGGACGUUACCGGCGACAUUGAACCGGCCUUGUCGGAAGAGGUUGUCGUGGAUUCGCCCAACGUAGUGAUGAAGAUUACCACGCGCGACGGCAGCGAAAUGAUGCGCACGGCCGAGGUUGGCGAUCCCCUGGCACUGCGCUUCGAGAUCCUGGACCCACAGUCACCGUACGAGAUCUUUGUCCGCGAGCUGGUCGCGAUGGACGGGGUGGACAGCAGCGAAAUUACGCUCAUCGAUGCCCGCGGUUGCCCUACGGAUCACUUCAUCAUGGGACCAAUCUACAAAAGCGCAACGUCCGGCAAGAUUCUGCUCUCGCACUUCGAUGCAUUCAAGUUCCCGUCGUCGGAGAUGGUACAGUUCCGAGCGCUCGUCACACCGUGCAUGCCGACCUGUGAACCGGUGCAGUGCGAUCAGGAUGACUUUGGCGGUGAGCUGCGGUCGAUGGUAUCGUACGGACGCAAGCGACGAUCGAUUAACGCUACGACGAGCGCACUGAUGGAUGCGGCCGUACGCCAUCGCCGGGAAACCACACGCCAAGCCCCGCAGGACGAUAUGCUGCUGGUACAGUCGAUCCAAAUUACGGACAAGUUCGGAUUCGAAAAGCAGCAGGGUGCCAAGCCAAAGCUUAGCAGCAGUGAAACCGUGUUCGUGGCCGGCGAUGGCCAAGGAAUCUGUGUCAAUGGAUUAGGUCUUAUCGUUGCCGGAGCCGUCUUCCUGCUCGGUCAGUUGGCUGUGAUUGCCAUCUGGACUUAUCUGUGGCAGCGCCGCCGAAAGCAGCGUCAGUUCGAGAACGCCUCCAUGGGUUCGUCGGUCGUGCCGACCCCAACGAUGACCGGAAGCCGAGCAGACUCUAUGUGCAAACUGUAUGACAGUGGUUACGCCGGUAGGCACUUUUAAAUUGCACCACGCCAAUGCUGCUGACCACAUCCCCACCAAAUUUGCACCGGAACAGAUUUAGCUUACAAAAGGUAUCCCACGUCAAACGGACAAACACAAAACAUACACACUCAACAAGAACAGACGAUGAACGUUGCUGAACACUAAGCACUGUUCAGAAGCGUUCUGGCCGAUUGGAUUGCUGUGGAAGGUGAUAGUAACAUUUGCACUAUUUGUACAUAAUGCAAAUCUACUACUUUCGAGCAAAAUGCAAUCCAAUCGCCAACAUCGUGAAGGUCGAUGGUGCGGGUAGCCUUUGUCCUGAGGAUAAAUGUUCACCCAUCAGCCAGCGAUCGCUUACUGUCAUUCGAAUCACGUGGUGCAUAUACGUAAAACGAAUCCCUUCAAUGUUGGAUGUGCGCAAUUAUUAUUUUCUAGAUCUAUUAACAAAACGAAGAAAGUGCCUCUAGUGAGCGAGUCUUUUUUUAAAAAAAGCGAAUGAAUAACUCAUAAUCACAUUUAGAAAACCAAUCAUACACCCAAUCAAGUAUCAUUUUAUCACCAUUUUCAUGCAAAGAUCAUACAAUCGAUGAAUUAAAUCAUAUUGGAGAAAAGGACGACUAGAAUAUAAAACAGAAGGACAAAUUGUGUGAGUUAGAAAACAAAAACAGAAGUUACAUCUCUUUAGCAGAAAAAAAGGGAACAACGAAACAUUAUAAGGGAGAGGGGUUGGUAGGAACUGUGUGUGUGUGCGAGGGUGAACGCGUAAUUGUGAUAGGCAUUACGAAUUAAAACGCAAAAAAAGCUUCUUCCGUUUGUGAGACUGAUCUGCAUGACUGAACGACUAGGAUGAAUGAGUGCAUUGCCGCGCCGCUUGUGCGCAAGUGUGCGGGUAAUGCAGAGUGCGUGCGUGUGUUAGAAUUAGCAGUAGCAACUGUUUCGACUAAAUAAUGAAAAAAGAGAGGAGAAAAAAAAACAAAGACAAAAUUCACCUAGCAAAAGGGCGAAGAGUAAGGUAGUAGCUUAACGAUAGGAACAAUCCCGUACCCCCCAUGCGUAUCCCCUCGAUCCGACAGUGACGGCCGUGGUGUUAAACAUGAUAUGGGGAAACAUCGACCAAUCUGUAGCAUUGUAUAUCCAUUUGUCCUUUUCUCCGGACUUUAAGGCCACACUUAGGCCGGCGAACGUUUUAGUUUUUUUUUGCGAGACGUGUGCAAGUAGUUCGGGACCGGAGCGCCACGAUCAAACCGCAAUGAACAACUCAAAUGAAACCGAACGAAAGCUUUUAUUUGAGUUUUGCAUUGCGCAAGGGAUCCAACAGCAAAUUUGGACCUGCACUGGGCAGACGAUGCCCGGUGCGGGUCCGCAUUUCAUUAUGGCCUCGGCUCACGCCACUUGUCAGCCAGUGAAAUGUGCGGCCUUAAUUUUAAGCAUUUAUCAUAAUUUAUUUUUUAUAAUCUCUAACUUUUAUUAGUUCUUUGAAGCACACCGCAUUUGAGCAUGUGUCACACGCGGAUCUUUAGCGUCUGAGGGCAUCUUGAAACGAUUUUUUUUUUUAUUUGCUUUUGCUUUGUAAUUUAAAAAUGAACACAAAUCAUACUCAGUACGCAAAGCGAUAAAAACAACCCCCACAUUUUUGCACUCACUCACAUCUCCCACUGGUAAAAAAAACAAAAACCGAAACAAUACCCAGCGCAUAAUCUUCUGCAUUACCUUAACACAAAACUGCCACUAAAUGUAAUGGCAUUUCAAUGAAUACAUUCGCAACUAAUCUUAGCCACAAGUAAGAAAGAUACGCAUAACAAUAGUUAGUAGUCAAUAGCAAAUGUCCGCGUAAACUAUUUCCAAACGACCUGGCAGGUCUGUAGCAAAACAACAGCUCUGUCUAGUGCUUCCUUCAAUAUUUUAAAAUGCAUUUUUAGUACAGCCCUUGGCAGAACUAUCCGCCAAAACCCAUUCAUUUUCACAGCUCAAAUAAAAAAAACAAUUACUAACCCUCAAUAUACAAAACAAAGCUAAGCAAGCGAAGAUAAAAGAGAAAUGAAAAAGAAUAAAAAGAAACAAACACAUCCACACACUCCCAUCACACACACAAACCGCAUAAAAGUCAAAAAAGUAAAUGAUAAUUUAACUUAAUUUAAAUGUAAUGAAAUCAAAUUAACAUUAACUUAAUUGCGCAACAAAACAACCUUAGGCUAGUAGAUGGAACGCAAGAGAAGAAGUAACAGUGAGGAGGAAAAGAGGAGAGGAAAACGUUUAACGACAAACAAAAUCCAACCGAACGGCCACGCAAAGCAAUCGGUUUCGAAAGAAUUGCAAAUGCGUGUCAUAACGCAAUAGUACUACAUACAAUACAUAUGCAUAUGUUUUCUAUGUAUUCGCUAGACACUCUACCAUCGCAGAAGAGCAUGCGAUUAAGCAUCAGUGGCUUAACCAACAAACAUCGGUUUACGGCGAUCAAAUAGGAAAACGUUACUGUAAUGUGAAACAUUAUUUUAAUAAAGUGAAUAAACUUAAAAAUAAA